CUCUCUAUUGGACAAAAAGAUUUCUUAUCGACAACCAAUAAAAAGUAAUCGAAGAAGGGGAAUUUAAUAAAAAUAAAAACAAGUGAAAAUGGACGCCGACAGCAGUGGAUCCGUGCACCGAGAUUUUCACGAAUCCAGGUCCCGGUCCGGUCGAGAAAGGGAGAACCAUGGUCGACUAAGGGAAAGGGAGCGGAAACGGGAGGAGCCGAAGGUUCCCUAUUUCGCGGAUGUUGCCCGGGAACGGGACCGAGUCAGGAGGUUGCGGCAAAGGUCUUCCCGUUCCCCCAGACGCACCCGACGGUCCCGAUCCAGAUCCCUGUCAUAUGAGCGGGAGAGCAGGCACAGAAGACAUGGCCAGCGCUCGAGAAGUCGGAAUCGCAGCCGAAGUCGCAGCAGCGAACGGAGACACCGAGAAAGGAGCCCUCGUCGCUACAAUCCGCCGCCAAAGAUCAUCAACUACUAUGUGCAAGUGCCAGCACAGGACUUUUACGGUAUGUAUGGAGCAUAUGCCAUGGGGCCACCGCCAAGAUUUGGGUACCAGCGGCCACCACGUCCUCCACCGUUCCAGCCUGCUUCCUACAGAUUCCGACAUCGACCCCCAUUCCUGGGAGCACCUCGAUUCGGCUAUAGAAACGCGUGGCAACCACCAAAUUAGAUAUACAACAUUCGACAUAAUUACAUUUUUAUUUACAUUCGUGUGUUUUGUACAUUAAAAUAAUAAAUACAUAUGUAUAUUUGAAACUAA